AGACGGCGUCGCGGUUGCCGUGGCAACGGCGGGGCGGAGGGCCCGCGGUCACCGCUGUCACCCCGGCCAGUCCCCACAUCCUGGCCCCCCCCGGGGAGCUGCCGCACCGCCCCCGCCCGCACACCGGCCGAAAUAACUAAACAUGAAUGAGGUAGUGGAGACUCUAAGAAACAUAGAGCAGAACUACAAGAUCUUCCAGCAGCAGCAGUUUACAUUUACCAGAGCAUUGGAUCACACCCGAGAGGAGGCCCAUGACUUGAUCAGACCUGUGGCCAGCAUCGUGCAGGUGCAGGUCCUCAAGGACCACCACUGCAUCAGUGCCACCGACAGGCGCAUCCUCAACAUGUUCAUCUGCAUCUGCAACGACCUCCGCAACCUCUGCCAGAAGCUGGAAACGGUGCAUCCCGGGGACCAGGUGACCAACGGCCUGUUGGAGAGGUGCAAAGUGCUCCUGAACGACAGCAAUGACCUCAGUGCCAUCAGAGCCACAUACCCCCACGGUGUUGUGAAUUACCUGAGCUUUGAAGAAGCAAGGCAUACUUAUGGAGGUGUGGUGAGCCUCAUCCCCAUCGUUAUAGACCACCUGAAGGAGUGGGUAACCUACACUAAAAGGCACCUGCUGCAUCAAGUGAGUCAGGGACGUGGCAUCUCCAAGAAGGAGGCACCCACUUCCCAAAAACCAUCUUCUGGGCGCUUUGCAGCUCACACCUCCGUUAGUAACAAAAAUACUGUGCAAUUGCAGGAAAAGGAUUUCCAGAAGUUCCUGCUUGAAAAUCAACGUCCGAAACAAAAAGCUCCCUGGAGGCCACCGGGCAAACACCCCUAUUGAAGGAUCACACCUUCUGCUUGCCACCUUUAAUCAGCUGGCUGAUUAAAGACAGUGAAAUGCAUACUAGAGAUCUGCCCUGAGUCCACUUCCUGAAGAGCUGCCCUGCCAGCCAGCCUGGGACAGACACACACUCUUCUCCCUUGCUGAUAUUUCCAGUCAAAGUCAUAUCCUGACAGAAGUAGCUGUAGCUACACCUGGUCCCUGGGACCAGCACUGCAGUGGGAGCAGGGAAUAGUCAAGAGUCAUCAGGUUGUAAUCCCUCAGACAUGAAUCUUGGACAAGCUACCUGAAAUGGGAUUUUACACUUUCUGAGGAACAUCCCCUCACUCGCCACAGCCAGCGGGGUGAAGAACCUGAGUGUCUGAAGGACAUGACCCAGAGCAGCAAAGGCCUGUUAUUAUGGAUUCAGACAUGUCUUUGAGAUUUAGACUUGUCCCAAAAAUUCCCUCACCCUCACUGAAAUUGUUUGGCUUUCUGGACCACAGGAUCCAUGUGUACAGGACACUGGUGUGUCUCCUGUACGUGCCACUGGCCACAGAGGUCAGAGUGCUCCGGCUGUGCUCUGCUGCACCUUUCCUGCAGGUUCUACACCACAGAACAUCUCCCCUUGACCUGUUUGACUCCUUUGCUAUCAAAACCAGAGAUGCAAAGGAGAGCAGAGUUCAGUUUGCCCCUAGUUUGUGUGUACUGACACAAAACACCCCUGUGCUCCUCAGGCCUCUGCAAAACUGAAAGUCAUUUCCAGGCCAAGUGAUUUGUGGGAAUCUGGUGGGAACAGAGAGGGUGAAAGCUGUGGUUCAGAUGGUUCCUUUUCAAAUAGCAAGUUAAACUGUCUGUGCUUUCCCUUUUUCAAGAUGAGAAUCCAGCUUGUCUGGCUCUCAAGGAUGUCAGGAGGCUCAGUUCAUUAAAACAUAUGAAAUAUGUUUUCAUACCAGCUUUCAGAGCAGCCCUUGGCAACUCCAGCACAGUUUAUCCCAGUGCUGGAAGCAUCUCUCAUUCCAGCCUGCUCUGGGAGGGUCAGCAGAGCCCCAUUCUCUGGAGCUGACAGAGGUUUUUGGGGUGCUUUUAAUCAAGCACUGUUAACUACAAACUGAAGAUCUCAGUGAUGCAGUGCCUGCCCUGUAUCUCACUGCUCUUUUCCCCCUCCCACAGGCAAAUCACCUCCUGCUCUUUGCUUCCUGUUGGAAGACACUCCUGAAUAAACAAUUUCCCUUUGCA